GCCUUACAUACAUCAGUGAAGUGGUAUGGAUAAGAUACUCCAAUUGUAAGAUUAUCACGAACCUCACUCUCUCUCUCUCUCUCUCUCCGUGAGUGUAAUGGCUACGAAAAACCGCUCUGAUUUUAAGGCGACCUCGCGGCCAGCUACCAUAUUCGCGCAAGUGGUAAUGGUAGCAGUGUUUACCCUCGUGCUUGUAUGGCUCCUACACUUUAGGGGAGGCCUUGCUUUCAAUUCAACCAACAAACAGAAGAUUUUCAAUGUGCACCCCUUGCUAAUGGUGAUUGGGUUCAUUUUAAUCUCUGGGGAAGGUAUCAUGAUGCACAAGAUAGUCCCAGCAUCGAAGGAUACCCGGAAAUUACUUCAUCUCACAUGGCUUUUCAUAGCUCUAGUUGCUGCAAUUGUGGGGAUUUGUGCAGUUUUCAAGUUCCACAAUGAGCUUGACAUUCCAAAUAUGUACACCUUGCAUUCCUGGAUUGGCAUGUCCACUAUCUGCUUAUGUGGCAUUCAGUGGACGGUUGGUUUCUUCUCCUUCUUCUGGCCUGGUGCAGAGCAGGAAACAAGAGCUAGGCUCAUCCCAUGGCACGCUGUGUUUGGCAUGGUCAUCUUCCUCAUGGCUAUUCUCACCGCUGAAACCGGUUUGAUUGAGAAAUUCACCUUUUUAAAGCUAACGGCGGACAGCCAGGAAGCUCUCAUAGUUAACUUUACCGGUCUUUUACUGAUCCUAUUUGCCAUCUCUGUCGGCCUCUCUGUUCUCCUUCCACAGAAACAUUGAGAUACGAGCUUAAAGUUCUUGUGUCGUCUAUGUGUUGGUGUACCUAUACCUUCAUUCAGUUGUACGUACUUGUCUUAAGGUUUUACGUGACAGUGGCCAGCGAAAUAUAGAAAAACGCAACGAUGCAUGUUUUUAGUGUGAAAUGAAUCAAUGAGAUAUGGUAUUUGGUGAA